GACAGAGAGCAUAAUGACAAAAAGUUCAGUUUAAAACAAGUAUCAGAGGGUGAGGAGGCAUAAUGUGACACGGAUGUGCUCAAAGUUAUCUUUUAGAUAAUAUAGGCUAGUGUAUUUUCAGGAUUUUUUUUUUAAAAAAUUGCAACAGGAGGCAUCGGGUCUGCUCUGCUUCAGUAAACUGCGUUUUUCCUCGACUUUAUACAAAGGAGUGUCUGUCCGCGCUGCUGCAGGUGGAUAACUGCGCGCAGGUGAGGCGGAAGAGGGGAAUCAACCUGCUGCUCGAUGUUUCCCGUUUUGCUUCGAUCACCUGAAAACAGCAGGAUCAGUGCUGUUCAAGAUGAGCGAUAAAACCACACUGUGAGUGCUGAACAUAAAGACAUGGACCCAAGUUGACGUUGUCGGAGUCCCAGUCUGCCCUCACUUGGCCCCUGCUGGUCACGGGGAGAAGAUGGCAGUGUGUCCGGAUGUGCCUGGAGUUGUGGUCGGGAGUGUUUCGCUGCUAGUGCUGAGCAGUAACCCUGUGUGGGGGAAUUAUACAUUACCUGCAAGUGAGAACCGUUCUAACAACAGUACCGGUCCAAACAUUGCCGCUAUCGUGGCCCCGACGGUCACGCUGGGUGUUCUGGCCAUAGUGUUGGCUGUGCUCGGCUGGCUCCUCUGCGUGGUGAAAAAGAGGAGACAGACAGAAGGGACGUAUAGACCCAGCGCUGAGGAACAGUCUGGUGCACGUGGCGUUGCAGCACCAGAUGCACUAAAGUUACCAAAGGAGGAAAGACUCAUUUGAGACUUUUCACUUUUACAAAAUCCUGCAAGGACACUGUGACACCGUGACGAGGCUCUCCGCAUGAGCUUAUCAGUGAAAGAGACGUCUCUCCAGGUUUGAGAGAGGACGGGUUGCCAAGUUUGCGGCACCCUAACAAGAUGGAUUUACUUCCUGCUUUCAUUUCAACCUGCACUGAAUGGUUCCUGCAUGGCACCACGAAGGAAGGCACCUGGAUGUAUGAAUGCGGCUGAUUUCAAGAACAAUUGAACAUUUCAAGGAGGUUUUGGACGUUUUUUCUGCACAAAUGAAACAAGAGGUUCAGUAUUUUAUCACCACUAAUACCUUUAGUUUAGACAGGUUUUUAUCAUUUCAGUUGCCUAAAUGUAAUAUUUAAUGAUGUACCUUAAUUUCAUUCAUUCUAAUAUGAAAUACUGUCACUAAGAAAAUCAACUCCAAUCUUUUACCUCAAACUCUUUUCUUUUGCUUUUCGUUGAGUCCACUGCAUUUUAAAUCGAGUCAGAUAUUUUUAUUACUGUUCAAAAACUCACUUUUAGAGAGGCCCUUAAAAAUUAGGUAAUAAGAAUGAUUCUGGGGAAAAGCAAAUGAUUGUUUACACUUUAAUUUAAAGUCACAUUAUUUAAAGUUUUUCAUUUCAUCAGAUCAACCAUGCAGUACACAAUGCAUCGUAAUCAAGAAUAUAUGUUUUACAGUGUUGCAUGUUUAUUUAAGCUUUUGUCAAAUAAAUAAAUUGUUUGUAAAAUAGUUGAAUAAUUAAACUUUACAAAGCUUUUCAGCA